GGCUCACCCUCCAUCCCCUUCCGUUCUCUUCCCUAGACCUUCACAGCCUGGUGCAACUCCCACCUUCGGAAGGCUGGCACUCAGAUUGAGAACAUCGAUGAGGACUUCCGGGACGGGCUCAAACUCAUGCUUCUCCUGGAGGUCAUUUCAGGGGAGCGGCUACCUAAACCCGAGCGGGGCAAGAUGCGUGUGCACAAGAUCAACAAUGUGAACAAAGCCCUGGACUUCAUCGCCAGCAAGGGGGUCAAGCUAGUGUCCAUCGGGGCAGAAGAGAUUGUGGAUGGCAAUGCAAAGAUGACCCUGGGAAUGAUCUGGACCAUCAUCCUCAGGUUCGCCAUCCAAGACAUCUCUGUGGAAGAGACCUCUGCCAAGGAAGGGCUCCUCCUCUGGUGCCAGCGAAAGACGGCCCCAUAUAAAAACGUCAACGUCCAGAACUUCCAUAUCAGCUUCUGGAGUGGAUCCGACGCACCAUCCCCUGGCUGGAGGACCGCGUGCCUCAGAAGACCAUCCAGGAGAUGCAGCAGAAACUGGAGGACUUCCGAGACUAUCGGCGUGUUCACAAGCCCCCCAAGGUGCAGGAGAAGUGCCAGCUGGAGAUCAACUUCAACACCCUGCAGACCAAGCUCGCCCGCACCAUCAAUGAGGUAGAGAACCAGAUCCUCACCCGAGAUGCCAAGGGUAUCAGCCAGGAGCAGAUGCAAGAAUUCCGGGCAUCCUUCAACCACUUUGACAAGGACCAUGUCGGGGCACUGGGGCCUGAGGAAUUCAAGGCCUGCCUCAUCAGUCUGGGCUACGAUGUGGAGAACGACCGGCAGGGCGAUGCUGAGUUCAACCGAAUCAUGAGUGUGGUCGACCCCAACCAUAGCGGCCUCGUGACCUUCCAAGCCUUCAUUGACUUCAUGUCAAGAGAGACCACAGACACAGACACAGCCGAUCAGGUCAUUGCCUCCUUCAAGGUCCUGGCAGGCGACAAGAACUUCAUCACUGCCGAGGAGCUGCGGAGAGAGCUGCCCCCCGACCAGGCCGAGUACUGCAUCGCCCGCAUGGCGCCCUACCAGGGCCCUGAUGCCGCUCCUGGUGCCCUCGACUACAAGUCCUUCUCCACAGCCCUCUAUGGGGAAAGUGACCUGUGAGGCCCUCAGACACCCUGGUCAGACUCCCUCAGCCUCCCGGAGGGGCUGAGGAGCCCUGCCCCAACCCUGACUCUGUAUCUAUGCAAAGAGCUCUUUGUGGUCCUUCUAAGGGGGUCAGGCAGGAAGGGGCUAGGCAGGCCUCUCUUUCUCAGUCUUGCAGGGGAGGGAGGCUUAGAGAUCAGCACUUCUGGUCUGCUAAAUAUAUACAUGAUGCUAAAUAUAUAUGAUGUGUUGUGGGUUUUUAACCUGUAUGCAGGGGACAACGGACCCUGGGGCACCCUCUGUGUCCUAGAGACACCUUUCCAAACCCGGGUCCCCUCCUUUGCCCCUGAGGCCCCUUCAGGGCCUCUCACAUCCAGGCCAAAGCCCCAUGUGCCUUGUCCAGGGACCACCUGCCCUGCAGAGUCCAGCAGAGGGCACCCCAGCUCCCCUGCACCAGACGCCAGUGGCCCCUUUCGCCCACGUCCCUGCCUGCCCCUUUGUUGAUUACCAGGAGCAGAGGACCCUGUUAUCCCCCCCUCUGCCUCAAGAGUGCUGCUGGGGCAGCCAGCCCCAGCCCAUCUGGCCUCCUUUCAUCUGGGCUCUAGGUCUCAGAUUUUCUAAGGACCAAAACCAACAAAAACACAAAGAAUGGAACAGAAACAAAACAUCUUUAAAAACUUAUUAAAAAAAAAUCCUAUAAAAAUGAAAACCUCCCAGAGAAUUACUAUUUCCUUUAUUAACUUACGGAUUUAUUCUAUAAAUAUAUAUCCAUCUAGCUGCAUAUCUCCGCCACCUCUCUUUCACUCGUAAUGAAGACAUAGUUGAUUCAGUGCCCUCCCAGCCCCUCCUGACCCUCCCCUUGUUUGCGGUGGGCAGGGGUCUCUGGGGACCUCCUGAGGUGGAGGUGGGCUGCUGGCCUGCCUGCCUGGUAGUGAGUGGAUGGGUUUCUCCCUUUGAGUUUAUUCUGAUUGAUUUUUAUUUUCUUGGUUUCUGGAUAAACCGCCCUUUGGGGAUGGGAGAAUAAAACAUGUAAUAUUUUUCAGAAGGA